CUCGUCCAAUGCUUUGCGACAUAGCGAAUUCAAGCGGUAUUAUUGACACAUAAAGAGAAUGCGGGACAAAACAAAAAGCACUGUGCACGGCAAAGACCUUCAAAUGCUGCAAGCGACGAGCAAAUGCUCAAUUGACCGGGUACGAUUCGAUUAUUCCUCCCGCCACUGCGUGGACUGGGCGAUGGGGCACUCAUUUUCUCCUUAGUAUCACGUGACUGCUUAGCUAAGCUGCCCUAGGGGCACACUAAGCGAGCGCGCCCACCAUCUCCGACUUUUGGAAUAUCGAUUUGCGGCUCACCAGCGCGACGGCGACAUCGACCUUUGACCUUCGACAACCUCCGAUUUCUGCACGUCGAACCCAAGCCAUCCGCCAUUAUAUCUGCAAACAUGGCUGCUGUUCCAAGCGUGCAAUGCUUCGGCAAGAAGAAGACAGCUACCGCUGUCGCCCACUGCAAGCAAGGCAGAGGGCUCAUCAAAGUGAACGGCCAGCCGAUCUCACUUGUCCAACCAGAAAUCCUCAGAUUCAAGGUCUACGAACCCCUCCUCAUAGUCGGCCUUGACAAGUUCGCCAAUGUCGAUAUCCGCGUCCGUGUCACCGGUGGUGGUCACACUUCCCAGAUCUAUGCCAUUAGACAAGCCAUCGCCAAGGCUUUAAUCGCCUACUACCAGAAAUACGUCGAUGAGCACUCUAAGAACCAGCUCAAGCAGGCCUUUGUUCAAUUCGAUAGAACCCUUCUUGUUGCCGAUAACAGACGGGCUGAACCAAAGAAGUUCGGUGGUCCAGGUGCCCGUGCUCGUUUCCAGAAAUCUUACCGUUAAAUCUACCUCCUGCGUUUGCGAUGUGGUGGGGUUCGACGACUGGAGAUGUGCCAGAGGAUUGGUUGUUGGCGCUGGGACGGACGGGAAGAAAAUGUCAUGUCUCAAAUUAUUAUGUUUUGUUCCUUUGUAUGAAAAAAAGAGGAACGGAAUAAUGCUAUCUGCGCAAUGGCAAAACCAUUUUCAAAUCCAAUAAAAACCCAUUUUCCACCGUGGGAAUUUAUAAUGUCGCCGCUGGUAUACUAUUGCCCUUUUUCUUGGGGUUCUUGCAACAUACAGAGCCUGCUCAGGUCCCUGCCUCCCGGCAGCACCAGAUAUGCGACGGAAUAGCGCUGGAUUGUGGCUGAUAGAAGGUAUAUCGGCUGGCUCUCUCACUGAGAAAUGACGUUAUAGUGUUAAUAUGUUAUAGCAAUCUGCUUAUCCGUA